GUGCAUCUUUGCUUCAGUAACGUUACAAUUCCGCUUUUACGUUGAAAAAACAACCGGAAGCCUUGUUUUGUCCGGCUUGAACCCAGCUUCCUCCUCAGCAUCACCCGCUCCCCAUCCUACGGUAGGGAACCAAACAUCGAGCCCAGAUGACCGCAAACACCGCGACCAUGGACGAGGUCCCAGAGCUCAUCAACAUCGCCAUCUCCCUGCGGAUCCAGCCCAACGAGGGACCCGUCUUCUUUAAGGUGGACGGAACCAGGUUCGGCCAGACCAGGACCAUCAAACUGCUUACCGGCUCCAAAUACAAGAUCGAGGUGGUGGUCAAACCUGGACGGGUCGAAGCCACCAACAUGAACAUCGGAGGAAUAGUCUUCCCUCUGGAGCAGCAGUCUAGGGACGAGGAGUCUGUGGUCUAUCAUGGCCGGUACGAUACCGAGGGCGUCCCCCACACCAAGAGCGGAGACAGGCAGCCGGUCCAAGUCAGCGUGGAGUUCAACAGGGCUGGGACGUUUGAGACCGUCUGGCAAGCCAAGUACUACAACUACUACAAGAGAGAGCACUGCCAGUUCGGCAACAAAUUCAACAGCAUCGAGUACGAAUGCAAGCCCAACGAGACACGGACCCUCAUGUGGAUCAACAAGGAGGCGUUCAACUGAGCAGCGCUGUUUGCUAUGCUGGUCUGUCGGGGGCUUCAUUUUAAAGCUGCACUAACGCUGCUUCACACGUCAGAGGCAACAGGGAAAAGCUAAAACAGCAGCUCAGCCAACUGGACCCAGCAGAGGCUGUGUGCGAUGUGUGUGUUUGCCUCAGAGGUUUAGUUGUCACCACCUGCGUGUGAACUCAAGGUGUAGCUUUAAAGCUGGUGUGGGGCUAAAGGGACAUUUGGACAUUUCAUGGAUGGGAUGAAAACAUUGAGAUGAGAAUCAGGGUCUGAUGCCAGGGUUCUGCAGAACUCCAGCGUGUUGUCAGACAGUUUCACCUGUGUUUGUUGUUUCAGGCCGUUUCACACCUUUCGGUUCAGAUCAUAUGAGGAGCUUGUAAACUAGCAUCUUCCUCUUGGUUCAAAUUUUUCUCAAAGAAAAACACGGUGGAGCCAAAAUCCCUUCUUUAAUUGAUCAGAUGUGAACAGAACAUCCCAGAAGUAGAUGCUGCGUUCUGUAGCUACUGGUGCCGUUAGUCAUCAUUUCACCCUCCAUCAAUUAAUUAUCGGGUCAUCCACCAAACGUGUGAGAGGCUCUGCUCUUCCUCACGGCUCGACGUCUGCAACAAAGCACAGAAACCAUUGAUCCAUUCACAGCUUGUGGUUCGGUUCUGGAUCUGCACCAGAGAACACACUGUGACCAGGAUGUAGGCCACUGGGAGGAAAACAAGACAGAAAUCACACUAGAGUUUGUCUGGUUUCUCCAGCCUUUUCAAUCCCACAAUGCAUUUCAGCAGCAUCUCACUCGUCAUUUGCACUGUGUGAAGGGGAUCAACUAAAAUGUGGAGGUGCUUAUAUGCAGUGGGACAAGAGCCUUCACAGGCGUUAGAGCCGGUCCAGUACUGGUCUCCAGCCCAGACGCCCAGAGCAGCACGUGACCCGGUGGUCCCCGAUCUCCUCAUCUCACUAGUUGUGACCUCAUCCCCAAAUGUUCCUUUAAUGGCAGCACCUGAAGACCAGGAUGGACAACACCUGCAGGAGGAGGAAGAAGUUCACUGUAUCUGGUUCCUGUGGAAGUUACACAGAGAGAAGACACAACCCACCACUGACGUAGUCAAAUAAUAACCCUCAACAGUUAGAAAUGUGAUUAGGAGGAAAGAGACUUGUCCUGUGCCACAGAGUCACUGCAUUUUAACGCAGACGUUCUUUUAGUUCAUUUUGCCAAAUGUUUUUUGUCGUACAUCUGAAAGCCUGACACGUCUCCUGUAUUGAACUCCUGAAGUCUGAAUAAACCAGUGCUGAGCCCGUA